AUGGACGCCUCGCACCGAGCGGCGAAGCUGGUGGCUUCCAGCCACCAAAUCCCGGUAAAUCCCAACACCGGAGCGCGGGUCGCCCAGUACGAACGCGAAGAUCUGUUAGAGGCUCUGGAGGAGGAGGCGGCGGCGUUGGAGGAGGCGGCGGCGUUGGAGGAGGCGGCUGGGCUGGAGGAGGCGGUGCGGUCGGCGCGGGCGUCGGCUGAUUUUAACACCAACUUUUCUGGGAUGGAUGAACAUUCACGUAUAAGCCAUGAGGACAUGAACUUUUCUGAUAUAUACCACUCUAAUGCAGAGUAUUUCAAGAAACUAGAAGAGCUGAAGGCUGCCCAUGUGGAAACUAUGGCAAAGUUAGAAAAAAUGUACCAGAAUAAAUUAAAUUUAAAGGGAAUUCAGCCAGUUAUCAUCAGGGAAAGUGCUUCUAGUAUCUCUUCCAGAUCUAUAUCGGAAAAAAACACCUAUCACCCUGUCUCUUUAAUGCCAACACUUUCAGAGCCUGAUUUAGGUCAUUCUUCUUCCUUAUAUGCAUCUUCCUCUGAGGAUGAGUUGUCCAACCUAGAAAAAGAGUACCCCAGCAAAAACAGGAUGAUGACCUAUGCUAAGGAACUCAUCAACAACAUGUGGAAAAACUUUUCUGUUGAAGAUUAUGUUCAGUCUGAUGAUACCGACUUCCCAUCAGUUGAAAAAACAAGGAAGAAACCAAAAGAAUGGGUGCCAAAGAUUACAAUACCUGAGCCUUUUCAGAUGAUGAUUAGAGAGCAGAAGAAAAAAGAAGAAAACAUGAAAUCCAAGUCAGAUAUUGAAAUGGUACACAAACUAUUGAAAAAACAAGAAGAAGAUGCAGAGUGUCAAAAGAAAUUCCGAGCCAAUCCGGUUCCUGCAUAUGUCUUUCUUCCCCUUUAUCAUGAAAUAGUCAAACAAAAUGAAGAACGGAGGAGAACUGUGAAGGAGAAGAGCAAAGAAGCUCUUUUGGCCUCACAGAAACCAUUUAAGUUUAUUGCAAGGGAGGAACAGAAGCAAGCAGCCCGGGAAAAGCGAAAAGACUUUUUUAAGCCUAAAAAGAAGACAAAUCGAUUUAAAGCCAGGCCUAUACCUCGAUCCAUUUAUGGCCCAACUGCCAGUGACAGGUUAAAAGAAGAAGAACUCAUUAAGAGCAUUAAGACACAGCUGAGAGCCCAAGAGCUUUUACAGAAGUUGUCCCUUCUUCCAUCUAGGCCAGCUACGAGGAAACUCAAGUGUCCUGAAAAGUGUAAGUGUAAACACAAGGUCAAGUGUAAGACUCCUGAUGUUGAAAACCUUCCUAAGGAAUGCCAGAAAUACCUCUCAGAAAACAAGUGUUCAAAACUCUUAACAGCUUGUGAACCAUUUGAUCUUCAUGCGUCCUCACAUUCAUCCUCUAAAAGAGAGAAAGUUUUGGCAGACAUUAAAGCAGAUGAAGAAAAUUUGAAAGAAACACGUUGGCCUUACCUGUCUCCAAGGCACAAGUCACCAGUUAAAAGUGCAAGUUCAAAGCCUGUGCCUUGUGACUGCAACCCUCCAAGGCCCACAGUAUCUUCCAGAGAAAGAGAACAAGUUAUAAGGAGAGCACUUGAGGAAAAGAAAAUGUUGGAAGAAGAAAGAAAUCGGAUCCUAACUAAGCAGAAGCAAAGAAUGAAAGAACUGCAGAAACUCCUGGCAACCCGGGCUAAGGCUUAUGACUCACAUGAAAGUUUAGCUCAAAUGUCUAAAUCCAGAAUAAAAUCUCUCAGAAAGAGUGAAAAGGAAAGGAUGAGAGAAUACCGACAAGAACUAGAAGAAAGAGAAGAAAAAUUAAAAAAGAGGCCUCUGCUAUUUGAAAGAGUUGCUCAGAAAAAUGCAAGAAUGGCAGCAGAAAAGCAUUAUUCUAAUACCCUAAAAGCCCUAGGAAUAUGUGAUGAAUUUGUUUCAAAGAAAGGCAAAAGUGGACAAAUACUUGAGUACUUCAGCAAUCCAGAGAUGAAAAGUUUCACUGAAGAUAAAGAAAGCUUUAAUGAAGAAAAAAUAGAAGAAAGAGAAAAUGGGGAAGAAAAUUAUUUUAUUGAUACCAGCAGCCAGGAUUCUUGUAAGAAAAAAGAUGAAGUCGGUGAAGAAAGUGGAGAAGAGAAUUCUGUUGAAGAAGAAAACUGA